AUGCUCCCCGUCGCUCUCCGCGCGCUGCGCUCCCGCAGCACAGCCGCCGGCCGCCCGCUCGCCCGCAGCGUGUCAACCGCUACAACCAGCAACCAGGUGCCCGCCAACGACGCCGUCUCGCGCGACGCAAAGCCCAAUGUAUCCAAGACCAACGAGAUGGCUACGUCGUCGGUCGGCGCGUUCGACCAGUCGCUGCAGGAAUCCGUAGUCGACGCCGAGCAGCUGAGGACGACGCAGGCGCCCAACUUCAAGGGCAUCUGGUCGAGGAGUCAGAAUCCGAGGGCGGUUGCGAUGAGCGGGCCACGAUUCGAGCAGACGAUUAUCGCAGACCAGCCUCGCCCUUAUGCUGCCAUUGAGCUGAUCCACAAGCAACCCGUCCGCUGGACACACGACAAGGUUGUAUCUUGUGACGGCGGCGGCGGCCCUCUUGGACACCCCCGCAUCUUCAUCAACACAGACAAGCCGCAGAUUAACUGGUGCACAUACUGCGGUAUUCCCUUUGCCAACGACAAGCACCGGGCUACUAUCGAGGCCAUGCCCGAGAGCGAGCGUUCAUACCCGCUGGGCCCCAAGGGCGAUGCGGCCGAAGUCAACGAGUCACAAAAGGUCACGGACGAGCCACUCGCACAGCGGUAG